AUAUUGUUCCUCAUAAUGAGCCCGUUUCAGUUCAAAUGAAUUUAGAUAAAAGCGCUUUUUUACGAGAUACAUUUUGAAAUUGUGACAAAAAAGGAGGGGAUUCGCCAUCGAUGGGUAGACAAGUGAAACCGAAAGUGAAAGCAUGUUGGUGGAUCAAGGAGGAGGCUGAAAAAGCAGCAUUCAGGAUUCAUAGGUGCUUUUUGCAAUCUGGCCACUGUCUCUUUUGAUAGAGGUGAAGGAAGACCAGUCGUGCUUCUAUAAUGAGUGUCAGUGAGGACAUUGAGGAGAUGGAGGACAACAUAGCAGCAUCUCCAGUAUCCAGCUGUGUGUCUAUGAGAAGUAACAGAUCAGUAGUUAUGUCCUCUGAAUUCACAGAUGAAACACUGACCUCUGACCCCAGUAUGCAGGAUGUUCUGACCCAGUCCGGUUGUGGAGCUUGUGAGCAGGUUAUGACAGAUCCAGUCUCUAUCACCUGUGGACACCGUUUCUGCAGACACUGUAUCAUCUGUUACUGGAAUCAGAGCAGAACAUCAGAAGACUUUAACUGUCCUCAGUGUAGAAAAAGAUUUAGAACAUGUCCUGUUCUACAAUCACACAAAGUCAAGAAAGGAUCCAGUAUUGCUCACCUCUGGACAGAAUCAGACCUGCUGGAGGAGACUGAAGAUGUGCAGCAGGAAUGUCAUGAUGAAUCAGUGGAUGAUGUUCUGCAGAGAGUGAAAGACAAACACAAAAGCAUCAUGAAGAACAAGUAUGAGAGUUUAUUUGAGGGAAUGAAAGCACAAGAGAAUCAAACGCUCCUGAAGAGAAUUUACACACAGCUGUACAUCAGAGAGGGAGAGAGUGAAGGAGUGAAUGAAGAACAUGAGGUUUUACACAUGGAGAAACAGCCCAGAAGAACACAAGACUUACAAGACACUCCAAUCUACAGCAAUGACAUCUUCACACCUCAAUCUCAUCAAAGACACAAAAUCAAGAGCGUUCUUACUAAAGGCAUCGCUGGAAUUGGAAAAACAGUCUCUGUGCACAAGUUCAUUCUGGAUUGGGCCGAGGGAACAGCCAAUCAGGACGUAGAUUUCAUGUUCCUGCUUCCGUUUCGAGAGCUGAACUUGAUUCGAGAGCAUCGCUACAGUCUUCACAAACUUCUGCUGGACUUUCAUCCUGAACUUCAAGAUGUGGACUCUCAGAUUUAUGAGGAGUGUAAAGUUGUGUUCAUCUUUGAUGGUCUGGAUGAAAGCAGAAUGACGCGGAUGUUUUCAGACAGUGAGAAAGUUUCUGAUGUGACGGACGCUUCAUCAGUGGCCGUGUUGAUGUCAAACCUCAUGAAAGGAGAUCUGCUUCCCUCCGCUCUCAUCUGGAUCACCUCCAGACCAGCAGCAGCCAAUCAGAUCCCCUCCAAAUACAUCACGCGUGUGACAGAAAUCCAGGGAUUCGACGACGCUCAGAAGGAGGAAUAUUUCAGGAAGAGAAUCAGCGACGAGCAUCAAGCCAGCAGAAUCAUAUCCCACAUUAGAAGAGCGAGAAGCCUCCACAUCAUGUGUCACAUACCGGUCUUCUGUUGGAUCUCCUCCACUGUGCUUCAGAAGAUCCUGACACAAGAUCACAGUGAAGAAAUCCCCAAAACUCUGAGUGAAAUGUACAUCCACUUCCUGCUGAUCCAGAUGAAGAUGAAGAAUGAGAAGUAUGAUCCAGAGAGAGAUCCAGAGAUCAACAGAGAAGUGAUUGUGAAACUGGCUGAAGUGGCUUUCAAACAGCUGAUGAAGGGCAAUGUGAUGUUCUAUGAGGAGGAUCUGAGAGAGUGUGGGAUAGACAUCACUGACGCCUCGCUGUAUUCUGGCAUCUGUACUGAGAUCUUUAAGGAGGAAUCUGUCAUUCAUCAGAGGAAGAUCUACAGCUUCAUACAUCUCAGUCUUCAGGAGUUCCUC